AGCAAAACUCAACUAAAGCACGCACAAGGCACAAAACAUUAUCAUGAAUACCUAAAGUCGUUUUCUUUCAACGAAAAUAUUAUUUAAUUGAACGUUCCCCUCUUUUAAGAGGAAUGGUUUACUUCCUUUCUUAUUGCUCCGCAAUAAAAUGCUUCUGCCUCAAAGCAAAGGAAAACAAAUGAGCGACUUCGCGACGGUAGGUAGCAGGUAGUACAGCUAUUUGGUGUCUUUCCCAUCAUGCAACCCUGGUCGAAAUGGAAAAAAGACUGGCCCUACAUGGCUUUGGACUGGCGAAAGUGGAACGUUUUUCCUCGCGGAUUUUUUUCUAUGUGCGCGCCUUGUUUUUCCUCACUUAAUUCACUUAAUUAAACCGACGCCUCGACGACGUGUCCAGCAUUAGCUACAUAACGGACUCAAGCCUCAGUCAAUCUACAAGUCUCGGGACUCGUUGUUUUGCCGCCUACUUUGGCCUAGCCUAGCCUAGCCUGGCUGGACAGUGUAGGUACACAAUCCGCUCUACACCGGCCGCUAACAAAGCUGCGAAGCACGUUGUCAAUCAAAUCAAGUGGAGAAAAUGUCUGCGAGUACGACACCGGCUGCAGUAAAGUUCCAGGAGGAACUUUGUGGGGUAAAAGAGGAGCCUGCGCGUCAGCAACACUCGAUUGUGUGCAAAAUAAUGCACGCAAAGGUUGUUCUUCACAGACAAGAAGGUUUCAUAAAAUAUCUUCGUGCUGAGCGGCAGGAGCCAGAAUCUCCUGGCGUUAAAGAGGACGUUGAGCUCCCCCAAAUCAAAGAGGAGGAUGAGCCAGAGCCCUGUCAACAGAAGCAACUUCCAAUCAAAAAGGAGGAGGAAGAGCUGCCAUUCGUUAAAGAGGAGGAAGAGGAGGAGCAUAUCACGAGGUCGACUGGUGAGCCCUUGAAGAGUGAAGAUGGUCCGAGUGAGGGCUGCAGAGGGGCAGAGCCUCCAAGCGGUUGCAGCAGCUGCUCAACAGAAGGAUUGCAAGCAGACAUUUUCAUCGCUCCAACAGACAGAAAUGGCGCGACGUCACGCUCACCUUACAAUGAUGAUGGUCAUCAGAAAUCUCACCAUGACGACAAACUCUGCAAAUGCUCUCAGUGUGGGAAAACAUUUGCUAAUGACAAAACUUGUCAUAUGCAUAUGAGGAUCCACACUGGUGAAAAACCUUUCGUCUGCUCAUUGUGUGGUCAAAGAUUCAGUCAAAAGAUGAACUUAAAUCGACACACGAGAACCCACACUGGCGAAAAACCUUAUGCCUGCUCAGUGUGUGGUCAAAGAUUCGCUCAAAAGCAAAACUUAUAUAGUCACGAAAGAACUCACACUGGUGAAAAACCUUUUUCCUGCUCUGUAUGUGGUCAAAGAUACAGUGACAAGAGCCACUUAAAACGACACACAAGAACCCACACUGGCGAAAAACCUUUUCCCUGCUCAGUUUGUGGUCAAAGAUUCAGUCAAAAGAUGACCUUAGAACGUCACACAACAACCCACACUGGCGAAAAACCAAUUUCCUGCUCAGUUUGUGGCCAAAGAUUCAGUCACAAGAGCAACUUAAAAAAACACACAAGAACACACACUGGCGAAAAACCUUUUUCCUGCUCAGUUUGUGGUCAAAGAUACAGUGACAAGAGCCACUUAAAUCGACACAUGAGAACCCACACUGGCGAAAAACCUUUUUCCUGCUCAGUUUGCGGUCAAAGAUUCAGUCGCAAGAGCACCUUAAAACAACACACAAGAACCCACACUGGCGAAAAACCUUUUGCCUGCUUAGUUUGUGGUCAAAGAUUCAGUCUAAAGAUGACCUUAAAACGACACACAACAACCCACACUGGCGAAAAACCAAUUUCCUGCUCAGUUUGUGGCCAAAGAUUCAGUCACAAGAGCAACUUAAAAAAACACACAAGAACCCACACUGGCGAAAAACCUUUUUCCUGCUCAGUUUGUGGUCAAGGAUACAGUGACAAGAGCCACUUAAAUCAACACAUGAGAACCCACACUGGCGAAAAACCUUUUUCCUGCUCAGUUUGUGGUCAAAGAUUCAGUCAAGAGAUGAACUUAAAACAACACACAAGAACCCACACUGGCGAAAAACCUUUUGCCUGCUCAUUUUGUGGUCAAAGAUUCAGUCAAAAGAUUAACUUAAAAAAACACACAAGGACCCACACUGGCGAAAAACCUUUUGCCUGCUCAUUUUGUGGUCAAAGAUUCAGUCAACAGAUGCACUUAAAUCGACACACGAGAACCCACACUGGCGAAAAACCUUAUGCCUGCUCAGUUUGUGGUCAAAGAUUCGCUCGGAAGGAUCGGAUGAAGAGACACGUGUGUGCUGGUGUGAGAAGCAGUGGCCAAUGACUGUUUUGCCUGUCAACGCUGCUGGCUUCAUCAGAUUUUGCACGCGGGUUAGGGGUUAUAUUGGUAGUUGUGGUACACUGAUUGUUGUGAUAGCAUUUUUGUUUGGACUUUGCCAUUUUGGUUUUUGCCUUUUUCUGGCCAUCAACGCCUUUCCUUAGUUUUCUCGCCGACUCGGUUCAUGCCUCUUUCGGUUUGUAUUCUUACGCACUUCUGGCGUGCUCCCUUGUUUUUUUUGCAAUGAAUUCUACACAAACUACCUCGUCUGUGUUGGAUCCAUAUUAUACAGCUUGCCGUUUCGUUACAAAAUGGCAUUUUUUAUAUGAUACUCUCCCUUUCGAACUACACUUUUCACAUUUAUAUUUGAAACAGAAGACCCCAAAUUAAAAAAAUUCUAAAUCAUUUCUAAAUAUUGUCAUUAAAUAAAUAUGGAAAAUUAGAAUAUAUUGUUCAAUAUUGCAAAAAUAUAUAUAUAUAUUUUUUUAUCAAAAAUACUGGCUCAAAUUAGUUUUUUUGUGGAGGAAUAAUGUAUACGGUAUAAAUAUCUUUUGGGUACAUGAGCAUUUGAUUAUAUACGUGUUGAUCGCAAAAAAUUCUUAACUGGGCAUGCUCUGUGAGAACACGUCACAGGCAGCACAGUACCGUAUUUAUUCUGUGCAAAGUGUCGGUCACUUUCAACAAAUGGUAAUUGGUCCUGUGAAAAAUAAUGAAAACCAGAGCUUUUCAUGAAUUUAUAAAACCUGGCCGGACACCCAUGAACAGGACGUGAAAAGUGGACAUGUACGGGCAAAAGAGGACGCACCCUACCUUAUUAUGGAUAUUACACUUUUAUGACCUGUUAAUAAAACACUUAGCAAGAUACAACUACUGUACUCCCAACAACAAAAAUUUGGAAAACAUGAAGAUAAGUCAAAAAACAAUUUUAUUAACUCCCCAGCUUUUGCUGACAGCAACAGAUGUUACAGGAAGUAAACAUAAAAUGCAUUGUUUUUCACUAAUUGACUGCCAUUGAUGACGAGUUAACGAUGUAAUAAAAAGGUCACACAGCAAUUCCCAGCAUUUUACAUGAGUGACAAUGACACACGUUGAUUACAAAAUAAAAUGCAAAAGGAUAAAAAGUAUUGUGUAAACAAACUGGCCAGUUACCUUUAAAAAAUGACUUGAAAUGGUUUUGUAUAACCUUCCCAAGAGGAUAAAAAAAAACAAGUUCAUUAAAGAAUUGUCCAUAUGAGUGAAUCUGAGUGUGAAUGAUUGUGCGCCCCCCACUUGACUCCGGUGUGUUCAGUCAAGGCUCAAGGUCAUCUGGGAAAGGCUCCUAUUCAGCAACUAUCAUACUGAUGAGGUAUGGAAAAAUUGAUGGAGGAUCUGUCCCCCCCCUCCCUUCCUGAGGAUACACUGAUACAUAUACAGUGGUACCUCUACUUAAGAACGUCUCGACAUACAGAAUUUUAGGUUAAGAAACGCCUCAACAGGAAUAUAUUGCCUCUUAUUACAAAAGGAAUUUCAGGAUACGCAAGACAAAAAUACAGUACAACUGGUAUUUGCAGAUCCCAAAGUUUACUGAACGUAACAUACUGUACUUCCGAAGCACCAGCCUUGUUUUUUUUUUUUUAUAUAUAUAUCUAUUUGUACUUGUUUUUCUUUUUUUAAAGUUCCACUUUAUUUCUACUGUAUGUUUAUGUGUGUAUCCCAGCGUGUUCAUUCGCCCCUCAUGUUCCGAAAGUUUUACAUGAGUGGAUUAACUUUUAUUCAUUUUUCUUGUUUUUUACAUUAUGCACAACUCUGAUUGUGUGAUUAUUGCGCAAUAAUGUAAUUGUAACAUGUAUUUGUUUCAUGUUUUGAUGCAUUAUUAUGCAUUUUAAAAGAUGUCAGAAUUUUGGGGGAUUUGGAAGAGAUUAAAGCAUUUACAUGAAAAAUGCGUCUCUACUUACAGAUUUUUUUUUUAAAGUUAUGAACCUACUUAACCGAUUAAUUUUGUAAGAAGAAGUACCACUGUAUUAGCAACGGUAUCAGUGCUGUGUCUGUACUCAAACCAGUCAUAUAACGCAUAUGCGGCUAGGAAGCUAGAACACAAUCGUGUGAUCAGGUAUCAUUACGGUUGACCGAACACAAUUCCAAAAUUCAGUUUGUUACUAAAGUUUAAACUUUCAGCAGGUUCAAGAAAUUUUUUCGCUUGUGUUUUUGAACAAAAUUUGAUCAAAUAAAAAUAAUUUCCAUCCAAACUAUCAAGUAUUGCUCUAUUUUUAACCAUAGUAUUAUUGCAUCCACAAAAUAGAGGCACUUCAUUUUAGUACUACAUUAUUAUAAUUACUGAUAUACAAGCAAAGUUAUUU